CUCCAUCUUCAACAACACCAACAACAAAUUAACGCCAUGAAUUCCGCCACAAUGCUGAUGCAUCAUCAGCAGCAGCAACAACAACAGCAGCAGCAGGCCCAGCAACAACAACAAAAUGGAGCACGUGACAGCAGUAGCAGUCGCGGUACAGAACGUGGUGAUGAACGUGGUACCAAUGGACGUUCAUCGCAUACCGGUCGGGGAUCCAGCUGUUCGCCAGCCUCAUCGCCCACACGUCAUGGCAAUGCCGUUAGUCCGGUCACCUCAUUGAAUCACAGUAUGAUGCAACAAAUGCAGCAACAACAACAGCAGCAUCAGCUAUCACCACCACCCCAUAUGGGUGGGGUGCCCACACCAAAUGGUCUGCCGGCCGGUUUACCGCCACGCAUGCCCCAUGGUCUGCCACCACAUUCUUUGGGCCUACUCAAUUCAUUGCAAAUGAUGCAUCACGCUUCACCAUUGGAACUGAUGGCCGCAGCCCAUCAUCAUGUACCACCACGAACCUAUAAUAGUCCACCACCAAUUUCCACCUCAGACCCUAGUGCCAAUGAAUGUAAAUUGGUCGAAUAUCGUGGUCAAAAGGUUGCUGCCUUUAUAAUAAGCGGUGAGACAAUGCUGUGCCUGCCGCAAGCUUUUGAAUUGUUUCUGAAACAUUUGGUCGGUGGCCUACAUACGGUCUAUACGAAACUGAAACGUCUUGAUAUUGUACCGUUGGUAUGCAAUGUGGAACAGGUGCGAAUAUUGCGCGGUUUGGGUGCCAUACAGCCGGGGGUGAAUCGUUGCAAGUUGUUGUGUUGCAAGGACUUUGAUAUUUUAUAUCGCGACUGUACAACAGCAAGGUAA